UUAUGUUCUGUAAAAUUACAUUUUUACAGUAUUCGUAUUCGUAUUCAAUAAUAAUUCAAUUCAUAUUCAUACCGUAACCGUAUCCAUAGUCUGUGUUAACAAGUGUGAUAAUACUGAAUGUGAUUUUAAAAUAUUUAUAAUGGGAGACCAAGGUAAAAGUGAUAAUGAUCCAGGAGCUUCCAUAAUAUCAAAAUCACCUGGGGGAACACAAAAGUUGUCACAAUUCUUGGCUGAAAAACGCAAGAGGAAAGUUAAACUUGAGCAACCAGUUUCAACACUCAAAGAUCCUUUUGAACUUGUAAACAAUUGUAUAACAGUUGCUCCAAGUAAAACUGGGUAUAUUCAAGAGGAAAGUCUAAGCCACUAUUGUAUAUGGGAUUCUUUAUACCCUGAAAAUGUUGAAAGAGUUGCUUGUGCUGAAAGAAGGAUAAAUGCCUUAGAAUUAAAACAUCGAUGUGUACUAGUGCCACGUUUACAUUUUUCUACAGAAGUAUUUUUGAAGAAACAUACUCCUGAAUUAUUAGAAAAGCUCAAAUUAACUAAGGAACUUUCUGGAGAAGAUUUACGUACAUUCUCAUCUAAAUAUGAUGCUGUGUAUUUUACUCAGCAAACAUAUGAUUCUGCAAUGGCAGCUGCUGAAUCAGUAUUAUCAUUAACACAAGAAGUAAUGACUGGCAAUCUCAGAAAUGGAUUGGCCUUGGUUCGGCCGCCUGGCCAUCAUGCCAUGAGUAAUGAAUUUUGUGGAUAUUGUUUCAUAAACAAUGUUGCUGUAGCAGCGGAAAUGGCACUUUCAUCAGGCCAUGCCAAGCGAGUAUUGAUUGUUGAUUAUGAUGUCCAUCAUGGUCAAGCAACACAACAAAUGUUUUAUGAUAGGAACGAUGUACUAUAUUUCUCAAUUCACCGUUAUGAACAAGGAACAUUCUGGCCAAACUUAAGAGAAAGUGACUUUGACUUCAUUGGUGAAGGGGUUGGAACUGGACAUAAUAUUAAUAUUCCAUUGAAUGCAACAGGGCUAAAUGAUUCUGAUUACCUUGCCAUCAUAUUAAAUGUGCUUCUUCCAGUAGCAUACCAAUACAAUCCUGACCUAGUAUUAGUAUCAGCAGGUUAUGAUGCCUCUAUAGGAUGUCCAGAGGGUGAAAUGUUAGUUACUCCUGCGUUUUAUGGCCAUCUAAUUACACUGCUAUCAGGACUAGCUAAUGGAAGACUUGUAGUGUGCCUGGAAGGUGGAUACUUUCCAGAGUCUUUAGCAGAAGGAGUUGUUUGCUCAUUGAAAGCUCUACUGGGCGAUCCAUGUUACCCACUUAGUAUUACAGAAGUACAUCCUGAAGUAAUAAAAGUGAUAAAUAGUGCUAUUUACUAUCUGCGUAGCACUUGGGAUUGUUUGAAUCUUAUGGAUUGUUUUUCCUACCCAAAGGAUGAUGUGCCUCUUAAAGAAUGUCUUAGCAUAAACAGUGAAACCGAGCACUUGUCUAAAAUAAUAUAUCGUUUUACUCCUCAGCCAACUACUGUCUAUGAAACUACAGGAUUUUAUCCCGUGCGGAGUGAGAAGGAAAUUUUUAAGUUCACAAAAAUGAUCGAAGACCUACGAACUGCAUAUGCUUCAAUCUACAAUCUUUCUCAUGAAGUUGGGUAUGUAUACGAUGAACUUCUGCUCAAGCACAAAUGUAAAAUUACAACAGGUAAAGAAGUUCCAGAGAGACCGGAACGUAUCACGGAAAUAAUAAAGACUUUUGAGAAAUUUGGACUGCUAGAACGGUUGAAACAUAUUCAGGACGAUCAACUUGUUGACUCUGAAGCGUGGGUUCAAAAGGUUCAUCAUUUACAAUAUGUAGACCAAAUCUUGAGACUACAAGACCUUCCUAGUCAACCUGACUGGUAUCGUAACGAAUUUACUGCUGAUUGCAUAUUAAAAUGUGUAUCUUGCAUUCUUACACUGAUUAAAAGUAUCCAGAGCAACAUAGUCAGGUCUGGAGUAGCAGUUGUUAGGCCACCUGGACACCAUGCAUGCUACGAAAUUGGGUCAGGAUUCUGUUUCGUUAAUAAUGCAGUAAUAGCGGCAAAUUAUCUCAUUGAUGUACAUAAAUAUUCAAGAAUAUUGAUAGUUGACUUCGACAUUCAUCAUGGAAAUGGAACUCAAGAUCUUACGUUUGAACGUAAUGACAUAAUGUAUAUUUCCAUACAUCGCUUUGAUAGUGCUAAAUUUUUCCCAUUUUGUAAAAAAGGAGACGUUGACAACAUUGGCACUGGCUUGGGCGAAGGUUACAACGUUAACAUUCCAUUUAAUUCGGGGAAUAAGACCGAUGUCGACUAUUGGGCUGUGUGGCAUAAACUAGUACUUCCUUUGGCCUACUCAUACGAUCCACAAUUUGUAAUUGUAUCAGCUGGAUUUGAUGCCGCAUAUUUUGAUCCCUUGGGAAAUGGCUAUAAAGUUAGUCCUGAAAUGUACGGACAGUUUAUUCAAACACUCAAACCUCUAGCUUGCGGAAAACAGCUAAUACUCCUGGAAGGAGGAUAUCACCUUGAGAGUACUGCUCUUUCCAUGACUAUGUGUGUUAAAGCACUUCUAGGUGAUCCUUUACCAGUUCCAAGAUUUGAUGAGAAGAUAGGAGCGGAGACGCGAGCGACCAUUAAAGAAGUUUUAAAUACUCAUAAAAGCAACUGGAAAUUCUUACAAGUUAACAAAAACAUCGCGAACUUUGCAUGUACUGAUGAUCAAUACCAUUUAUUGGAGACGGCUUUAGAAGAAGAAAUCAACGGAAGGGGAUCUGUUGAAAAUUUUAGGAAAAAAAUUCCGGCUAUUAUUAAGAAUUAAAUUAUGUUUAUGUUAAUUAUGUUAUGUUAACUAAGUUAACAGUUAAUUAAUAAAUUAAUUAUUCAAAUUUGUUUCAAAAUGGUUGCUGUAGUAACUGUCUAAACGACGUGCUAAUUAUAUUUUAUUUCAUAACAAAAUGUAUUUAAUACUUUUUAAUUGCAUAAUAAACGGGUUAUGUCAAAAGGUACAAAUAAAUAAUAUUGUAAAAAGGCAUAUUCCUAUUAAAUCGUCUUUUUUAAUAUACUUGUACAAACCGGUAUUUAUUUUCAUAAUAAUAUACGAUAUAAUGUUC